UGGGCUGUCGCUGUCACUUGAACGGGUGGUUUCUAUGGUAACGGACACCACAAAGACUACAAGCAGAGUGAAGAUACCUAACGUUAGACAAUGUCUCACCGAGGGUUUAUCAGCCGUCUCUCUAAGGAGGAGCAGGACUUCUGCGACAUUCAAAAUGCAGCUGCAGAAUUUUACCGGGUCAACAGAAUCCCCGAGGAAGUGGAGAGAGCUCUGAACGAGCUCUUCUUCCACCGGCCCGAGGACAUUCACGGUUACCUGGCAAAUUACUUUACAAACCUCUCUGCACCACCAAGGAUCAGCAGACUGAAGGGAAGGGAGGUUUAUGAUGCAAGAGGACAACCAUCCAUCCAGACAGAGGUCUUCUGCAUCGUCUGCAACAAGGAAAAGAGCAUGUCCUCAGCUGCCGUCUCCAGCCAGAGUGCUAUGAGUCAGGAGAGGGCUGACCAUGUGAUGACUGGUGUUCAGUGGAUCAAUGAACCUCUGAACAACAUGCUGAAGAUCCAAAACCCCUGUGACCAAUCAGAAGUCGACCAUAUACUCAGCAAUUUCUUCAUGGCCCGGUACCUGGAGGAGAAAGACGCCCGGAACAAGGAUGAGGAGAGUCGUUCAACCAGCGAGCCUGAGGCAGUGCUUCCUUCUCCGCCCUCUGCACAGACUAAAGACAAGAAGACUGUCGAUAAAGGCAAAAAGACCAACACUGCAGACAAGCCAUUUCCUCCAGCAGAGCCACCAGAACCAGUUCUUCCUGGGAGCUUGGCCAUUGGUUCAGUGUCUCUGGCUGUGGCCAAAAGUGGGGCACAAAUACAGGAUAUCCCUCUCUACAAAUACAUAGCAGCUCUGAAGACAAGAGAGGCUCCAACACAGUUUCACAUCCCCGUCUCCUUGGUAACUUUGCUGAGCUGUGGGAAGAAUUCUCCUGGAAAACUGAGUUUACUGGAGGAGGUCAUCCUGAUCCCCAAAGCAGAACAACCAGUCAGACAAAUCAUCACAAUGACCCUUGAGUUACAGAAGGAGAUGAUGAGAAUAAUAAACACUUCCACAAAAGCCGGGGCCACCCAUAUAAUUCUGAGUGACAAUGGAGCGCCGGCUUUGACCUAUGAGCGACCCGAGCAGCCUCUGGAUCUUAUAUCAGAAGCCUGCACUAACUUUGGACUGGCACUGGGAACAGAGAUACAUUUAGCACUAAACUGUGCCGCCCCUGAGCUAAUGGACUAUUCUAAAGGAAAGUAUGAAGUUGCAACAGGAGUUCUGAAGUCUCCGGAUGAAUUAGUAGAUAUGUACCAGAGCCUCAUCAGUAAAUACCCAGCAGUGGUGGCCUUAAUUGAUCCAUUUAGAAGAGAGGAUGUAGACCAAUGGGAGAAGCUGAGCAGUGUGAUUGGAGACUCAUGUUCGCUGCUCUCUGAUAUCACCUACAAGUCAAAGGCCCCACCCUUACCAGGAGUCAGAGGCCACAUCUUAAAACACAUCUGUGAAACAACAGUCAGUGAUUUGAUCCGAAUCACAUCAGAGCACCAAGGGACAGUGUUAAUGGGAACAACAUGCAGCGAGCCCUGCAGUAAUGACUCUUUGUCAGAUAUAGCUGUGGGUCUGGGCCUGGACUAUGUCAAACUGGGAGGUCUGAACGGUGCUGAGAGGAUGACUAAAUACAACCGGCUGAUUUCUAUAGAGGAAGAACUGGCCCAACAGGGAAUCCUGGUCUCCAAGGAGAAGCACCCCCCUCCACUGUUCAGUGAAAAACCACAGGAGCAGUCCACUACUGCAGAGAGUACUCGGCCUGAGCUCACAGCUUCUGGUUCUAGCAAGAAAAUAUGACAAAUCUGUGUCAUAUUUCAUUUCAUCUGUGUCAGGUUGGGAUAUUACCUGCUGAGUUAAUUCUACACAAAGUGCAUUAAUCUAAUGUUACCAUCCUAUCUUAGUCAAACAGUGUGGUACAAAAUCAGUAUGAGUCUAUUAAGAGAGAGGCUAAGUGGGUAAACAUGACCCUCAAUAAAACAGUUUCUAAAGCCCUCAAACAUCUUGUUGCCACUUCAGGUAUAUACAAGCCAUAUUAUCAGGCCCUGUACGCUGUGCCUCCUUUCAGGUCAGACUCAAUCAUCUCUAAACAUAGCAGCCCUCAUGAGUCAUGCGUACACAGCAACACACAAGCCUUCAGAGUUCACUACAAUGGAAACAGGCCAGAUCCACUGGUGGAGGUCAUUAUUUCAUGUGAACAUAGUGUUUUUUAUGAGUAAUGGAGUAAUGUUUGCAUGUUUUAGUCAAGUGUUUUUUAAGAUAAAUAUUCAGUUUCUAACAUUGUAGCUGUUAGAAACUGAAUAUCUGUGUUCUUGUCAAGGUAGAAAAACACCAAAUACAUUAUCCCACUUGCAAGAGUGUAACCACGGUGUAGACACUACUUUUUGUGCAUUUCCCACAAUUGUAUGAUAUUAUGUAUGUGCACAUUUAGAACAUAGUUUGGAGGAUUAUAUUGAGAUUCAAUUCACAUUUAAAGGAAUUGUCUGUGAUUCCCCGAGGUAAUAGCUGCCCCUCCACUUUAAACUACUGACGAACACACCUAUCGAUUAGAAUUAUACAUUUUCCAUUGGGGAAAAAUGACAUGUCACUACUGGCUUUUUGAAAAUUAAGUAACUAAGAGAGUCAUAAAGCUGCCAACACUCAACGAAGGUAUUGGCUGCAACCAAGUCAAAGGAGUCACACACUUAAUGUUUUUCUUAAAAUAAAUAAAAAAUAAAUAGGAAAUCACUCAAAGCAGGACAUAUUUAACAUAGUUCAGUACUGACGGGGACAUGUCAGCCUGAAAGAAUUUGUGGUUACAGCCUAGCCUACUUGUAUAUUUUUAACAUUAACCAAUGUGUAGGCCCAGGACCUCCUUUGGUGUCAAAAGGUUAGAAAAGUCCUCUGAAACAGCAUCUAGGGGCGUUUUCACACCUUAAACUCCGGACCAAGGUCCGGACCAGCAUUGCGUGUGUCUGACAUUGGCGUGUUGUCAUUUUGGCGGGUAGUCUUUUCCGUAUGAAUGAAAAUGAAUGAACAAAUGAAUGAGCAAAUCCCGAUUGCGUUAUUAUGGUAUUAUUACCAGCAGCAACAACUGCAAGCACAAUACUCGGGAGAAAUGUACGUUCUCGUAGUGCAAAAUACGUACCCUCUCUCUUUCAUCUGCUCAGAAAAUGUUUUGUAAAUGUAAAAUGAGUGUUUUCUAACUGACUUUUAAUGUUUUCAUCUGACCAAAUUGAAAUUAAACAUAUAAUCUCUUCCUCUCCCCACGUA